AGUGCGAAAGCGAGAGGCAGAGAAAGAAAGAAAGUGGUCCAGCUUAGUCUAUGGCUGACUGACACCCAUAGCAGCCGUGUUGAUAAGGAGAGAAAUUUAAUAACACAUUCAGUGGGCAGCAACAAUCAAUUUUUUAUUCUUUCUCUCCUCUCUUUCACCAAUUCUCCAAAAAUUCAACCCCCCAAACUCAAGCAUUUCUGCUGUCAGCGCGAUUCACAUUGCCUAUGUCACGGUUUGUUGUCUGCUUCAAAGCUUUUGUACUUUCGGAAUUUGCAAGGUAUAGCUUGUUAAUUUAGGAUAGUUUUCAAUUUUCUUCGGUUCCAAACAUGAUGUCUCAAGAAGCAAUACCUGCUCCUUCCAACAAUAACAACCUCAGAGACUCCACGGUUCAACUUCAUGAACCAAACUCAAACCCUAAUCCUAACCCUAAUUCGGUUAAGAGAAAAAGAAGCCUACCCGGAACACCAGAUCCGAAUGCAGAAGUGAUUGCUCUGUCGCCAAAGUCGCUGAUGGCUACCAACCGAUUCAUCUGCGAAGUAUGCAACAAGGGUUUCCAGAGGGACCAGAACCUGCAGCUGCACCGGCGAGGGCACAACUUGCCGUGGAAGCUGCGGCAGAGAAACAAGGAAGAGGUGGUGAAGAAGAAGGUGUACGUUUGUCCAGAGAAGACUUGUGUGCACCACGACCCUUGCAGAGCCCUGGGGGACCUCACCGGGAUAAAAAAGCACUUCAGUAGAAAGCACGGUGAGAAGAAGUGGAAGUGCGAAAAGUGCUCCAAGAAAUACGCUGUUCAAUCUGACUGGAAAGCCCAUAACAAGAUUUGUGGGACUAGACAGUACAAAUGUGACUGUGGUACAAUAUUCUCCAGGAAGGACAGCUUUGUAACGCAUAGGGCUUUUUGUGACGCCAUGGCGGAGCAAAAUGCGAGGCUUCCGUCGGUUUUGUCAAACCUUGGAAGCGAGAUUUUGAUGAAUGCUGCUCAAGCUCCAAGAGUAAUGCCACAGGGUUUACAAUUACAUGGGUUUCAUUCAGAGUUUGGUGGGCCAGGCCAAGAACCAUACAUUGGAAAUUUUGCGGAUGUGAACCAUCAUGAGCAUAAGCUAAGGAUGCCACUAUGGCUAGACCAGACCAAUAAUCCUCUUCAGCUUAAUCAUCAUCAUCCUCUAAGCGUUUCAAGCAACUCUUCAAGUUUGUUCUCACCAGGAACAACUUUGGCUGAAGUGAAUAACAUGUUUGGGACAUCGUCGUCGUCACAGGGACAGUGGCUGAAUUACCGAUACCCCCCAGAAGCAAUAUCAUUUACACAUGCCAAUGUUUCUAUGGCUCAUGGGCUGAAGCUAGAGCAAGAAGAAAACAAAGGAAACUUGUCGCAUAGCGUGAGCUCUUUGUACCCAAGUCACAUGGAAUCUGCAAGGAUAUUGAGUGAUAAUAAUAAUUCGGCCUUCGACAACUCCAACUUUGGCUUGUUGGACCCGAACAACAUCUCAAGCACGUCCAGCAACAACAACCGCCACAACAAUAACGUGGUUGAAAUUCAGAAAUUGUUCAGGCAAGGAAACCAGCUGGCUGAGAACUUCAACCACAUCGUGAAUUCCCAAGCAAGCACCAACAUUGGAGAUCAAGGGUUUUCAUUGAGUAGCAUGAAUAAGGGCUUGGAGCACAUGGUGAUGCCGCGGAUUGAAGAGUGGGAAAGUGGAGAACCAAAAAGAAUGGAGAAUCAACAGGUACUACAAUCAAGUACUUCCAACACCGAAGAGCACUUAACCAAAGAUUUCAUGGGUGUUGGAGCAGUGAUGAACCUGCAAAGCCAGUUCCAUGGACAUUACUGAUCAUGGAGAUAGCGAGCUAGGUUCAAAAAUAAUUAAUGAAGUUAAGGUUAAGGUAGUGAAGUUUUAUGAUACAUGAGAAAUAUUAGAAUCAUACUCUUUAAUUAAUAUAUUCUUUUGAUCAAAUCUAUUUUUAUUAUUGAAAAUUUAUUAAAAUUAUAAAAUUUAAUAAAUCUUACCUAAUAUUGAAUGAUUAUCUCUUAAUUUUAUAAUUUUUAAUAUAUUUUAAUGAAUAAAAAAAUGUGUUAAAGAGUAUCCCAAGUAACACUCCUUAACCUAACAUAGCUAUUAGCAGUAGUAGCAGAUGAUAUGUGUAUUAUUUACCUCAAAGUCACGUACGAUAACAAUGAGAUGAUUAGGCACAUGAUAUGAUAACGAGUCGGAUUCGGAAGCAUGUACAGUGAACAGGGGUGAUAUCACGUGAUGAUAAAUAUCGAUGUCAUAAAGCCAUCCCGUGAAGGAAGUGGGGGCCAUUGCGUUUUGGAAGAGACAAUAUAUAUUCCCUGCAUUCUAUGCUAUGCUUGGUGUAUUGUAUUGUAUUGUAUAUUGUUAAGGUUAAGAAUUAAUUUGCUUGUUUUAAUUUCUUUAAGUUUUAGCUUCUCUCGUAGUUGCAUUAUAAUGUAUUAUUACAGGGCAAAGAAGUAGAUAUACGUACGCAAAGCGCUUUCCUCCAUGAAUGUUGUAGAAACUGUAGCACUUACGUGCGUUGAUUGAAUAAUGGCUUAGCUGAUUGAUUA